UCUGCAGUCUCUGACCAUCUCUUGUAUCAUGUCUGCAGUCUUUGAUCUUCUCUGGUAUUAUGUCCACCAACCUCUGACCAACUCCUGUGUCAGGUCUGCAGUCUCUGACCAUCUCCUGUGUCAUGUCUGCAGUCUCUGACCAUCUCCUGUGUCAUGUCUGCAGUCUCUGACCAUCUCCUGUAGUAUGUCUGCACCAUCGCCUGUAUCAUGUCUACAGUCUCUGACCAUCUCUUGUACCAUACCCAUUGUGUGUUUGCUAUAUCCUGUUGAGUCUCUGACCAUCACUGCCUUAGUGUGUUGUAUU